UUUUUAUUUUCUUGAUGAAAUGGUAACUAGAUAAGCUGGUUAUUCAGACUUUAGUCUUACUCCAGAGUUUGUUUUUAUGUUGGGAGAAACUGAACUUUGAUCCUAGUCACUUGUUAGUCUCCAUAGUGAAACUGAACUUCUUUCAUUCAACAGUUAGUAUAUCUAUACAUUCAGAAUUCUUCUUAUUGGAGGAAAAUUAUGUUUACAUGUAGAUAUAAAAUCUCAAAACUCAUCUGUCAUAAACAAAAGUGAAUGAGGGAGAGUUUCUGCACCUAUGUAGAAGUUUGCUUGAAUUAAACAAAAAAAGAGACCCUGACAAAGGAGGAUUGGACUGAGAAACAAUAUCCUCAGUACUACAGAUACCAGGAAAAGAGACAGUGGGCAACAAAGAACAUCAUCCUGCUCUGGGAUCCCCAAAGAAUCCCCAUCCCCUCCCCCCUGACCUCCUGCCAGAAUGUUGGGUUUCAGAGAAUGAGCAGAUUAACGGAUAUCAGGAAUAGUAUGGACUGGGCUAAGGACAAGGAUAAUUUGCUUGAGUAAAAUUACUGACUUGAAACUAUUGGAGGCCGUCUACUUGGGUAGAGGAAACAGCCAUGGACCAUUAAAACCGUUGCUGUGGGAAGGGGGUCAUAUAGUAAGGAAACUACUGAAGACCAAGAGAGAAAAACAACAGAAACACAGCCCCAAGGUCUGUAAGACACAAGAGCUGGGCAGCACCCACCCAGAAGGGAGCCAGCAUAGAUCUGGGACUAACAACUGAAUUUCCCGGUCUCAGCAUGCCAGAGAGAGCAGCUGCUGCUGCUGGACACAAGCCCUGCAUCAUCAACUGAUUCACUAGGGCCAUGUCAGUGGCAGCGUCUGUGACAGACUCUGCCUCUAUACUGCCUUCUCUGUGGAAAAGGCAAGUGGCUAUGUCUGAGGCUAUCAGAGCGCUUCAAACUUGGGCUCCUCACACGAAGGGCUUGAGGCUGGCCCUGGUGCCAGGACUUUCAUGUGCCAGGUUGGGGAUCCUGUUGUUCUUGGUACUGAUUUCUCUGCCAAGCCUGUACUGUGACCUGGGCUCACUACAUCACUCUUCCUAUGAAAUAGUCAUUCCCAAGAGUCUGACAGUGGAAGGAAGGGAAGACCAAGUGGAAAAGCUCUCGUACGUGCUAUUUAUGCAGGGCCAGAGGCAGCUGAUUCACCUGACGGUGAAGAGAGACUAUUUUGUGGAUAACUUCCCGGUCUUCAGCUACCACAAUGGCAUCCUGGGGCAAGAAAUGCCUCCCGUCUCGCAGGACUGUCACUAUGAAGGCUACAUAGAAGGAGUCCCAGGUUCUUUUGUUUCUGUCAACACCUGUUCAGGCCUCAGGGGCCUCCUGAUUAAGGAGGAAAAAUCCUAUGGCGUUGAGCCCGUGCACUCUUCCAAACGGUUUGAACACGUGUUGUACGCCAUGGCCCACGAAGCUCGCGUCUCCUGUGGCGUCACGUCCAAAGACAGCCAAGUGGCGUCCACCAGCCGGCGACCGGAGAGCGGCAAGCCUCACAGCUGGCAGGUGCCAUCCGACUUGUGGUCACAUAUCAAGUACGUGGAGAUGUUUGUCGUGGUCAACAACCAGCGGUUCCAAAUGUGGGGCAGUGACGUCAAGCAGACAGUCCAGAGAGUAAUGGACAUCAUCGCUCUGGCCAACAGCUUCACAAGGGGAAUAAACACAGAGGUGGUGCUGGCUGGAAUGGAGAUUUGGACUGAGGGGGACCUCACAGAGGUCCCCGUGGACCUGCAAGUUGCACUCAGGAAUUUCAACAGCUGGAGACAAGAGAACCUCUUCCAUCGUGUCAAGCAUGAUGUUGCCCACAUGAUCGUGGGACAGCAUCCUAAAGAGGAUACGGGGCAGGCAUUUCUCAGUGGUGCCUGCUCCAGUGAUUUUGCAGCAGCCGUGGAAUCUUUCCACCACGAGGAUGUCCUCCUGUUUGCAGCACUCAUGGUCCACGAGCUUGGACACAACUUGGGUAUUCGGCACGACCAUUCGGCCUGCAUUUGUGAAGACAGGCCCUUCUGCCUCAUGCAUGAAAACAUCACUAAAGAAAGUGGCUUCAGCAACUGCAGCUCUGACUUCUUCCACCAGUUCCUCUGGGAACACAAGGGGGCCUGCCUGUUUAACAAGCCUGGGCACAAAGGCCGCUUACGGAGGGCUUCCCGCUGUGGCGACGGCAUUGUAGAAGGACCUGAGCAGUGUGACUGUGGGUCUAAGUGUGAAAUGCACCCAUGCUGUGACACCAGAUGUAUGCUGAGAGAGCAUGCAGAAUGUAGUGAUGGACUCUGCUGUGAUAAAUGUCGCCUGAGAUUCAAGGGAUUCAUGUGCCGUGCUGCUUUGGGAGAGUGUGACCUCCCAGAGUAUUGUAAUGGUUCCUCGGGAGAAUGUCCCAGAGACAGCUAUAAGCUAGAUGGCACAAUGUGUGAUAGAAUUCACUACUGUGCUGGAGGUCGGUGUAAGAACCCUGACAAUCAAUGCAUGGAUAUCUACGGGUCCCCUGCAAGGUCCGCCCCAGAAAUCUGUUACGUUUCAAUGAACACAAGAGGGGACCGGUUUGGAAACUGUGGUACCACCAGCUCACCGAGGUUAACAUAUCUGAAGUGUGCAGGUGAUAACAUAUUUUGUGGGAAACUUAUAUGUACAAAUGUAAGAGAGGUGCCACAAAUCAAACCCAAUCAUACACUGAUCCAGGUCACUCACAACGAUGACUGGUGCUGGAGCAUGGAUGCCUAUGACACUGCUGAUAUCCCUGAUGAUGGAGAUGCACACACUGGCACUCUCUGUGCCCCACACAAAGUCUGCAUGAAUCACUUGUGUACUGAUCACACCUCACUUGGGUACAGCUGUGAAACAACAGAAUUGUGUAACGGGAAAGGAGUUUGCAACAAUUUUAGGCACUGCCAUUGUGAGGAAGGCUAUGCGCCCCCUGACUGCAAAGAUCCAGGAGACGGUGGUAGUGUGGACAGUGGUCCUCCUAGCACAUCAAUUCAACUUUCAAGUGAAGGUCAAAGUGAAACUUCUAAGACUCGUAGCUUUCAGACUGAAUCCUUGGGCAACAUUGUUUUCAUAUUACCAUCGUUACUUUUAAUAUUUUUGGUAAUUGUAUUACUUGUUAGCAUCAAGACUGGAGUUGAGACAAUAGAGUCCCCACCGCAUACCUCAGAGGUGGAUUCAGAGGAAAGCAGUAGUGAGGUAUUCAUAAUGGAGCUCCUCCCCGUGGGGAUAUUAGAGGAGGCAGAGGAGGGUCUCCUACCAGAGCAGGGACCUCCACCAGAGGUACCCCCCCCAGGGGCACCCCCACCAGAGGCACCUCCACCAGCAGGACCUCCACCGGCGGCGCCCCCACCGGAGGCCCCACCACCAGGACAGCCAGCAUCAUAAGAGGCAGCAGGUGAAGGACAAGGAUAACCAAAGGCAGACGUGUACUGGAGGAAGAGUUCAAAAAUAUCAAAUAUCUCAAGCACUGAGUGGGAAUGAGGCACUCACAGAAGCAAAGGUGAAGUGAGAAUUGAUGGACCCUUUAACUCGACAGGGAUGGUCUACAGAAACAUACCAACAUAGGAACACGAUGACAAUGCUUUCAGUAUUCGUUUUAUUAAUUUGGUUAUAUAUUCAUAUGUGAACUCGUAUGUAAACUAUUCUACACUUCUGCUUUUUUUCCCAUUUCACAAAACAACUUUAUGUAAGUUCUUCUCAUGAAUCAUACUUAUCAAUGUCAUAUUUUAGUUGGGCCAAUUUCUGAUCUGAAAUUACUUUUCACGGCAUACUAUCCUCCCUCUGCAUUGUUUGAUAAACACUAUUAUUUGCACCUACAGGAUCAUUCAUCCCACUCAUACAUAUUAUUUAAAGAAGGUUAUCUGUUCAGUAAUCUAAUUUGCCUCAACAAUUACUAUUCAUGAAUAGAAAAUGAUUUUAAAUAAAAAGCUAUUUUAAGAAGCAUCACUUCAGACUCCAUAGUGCCUAGUCUUUGGGGCUUCUUUAUUUGGGGGCUCUCUUGGAAGGGGCUACAUCUGAUCCAGGGUGCUUUGAUCACCUUGGAUGCAUGGGGGUGGUGCAUGAGGGAAGGAGAGCACUUAGGCAAGAGACAACCUUGUCUAGUGUGGCGUUCAGCUGGUAUUAAUAAUUAUUCCUUUGUUUUCUGUUUUUCUACUUAUGUUUAUUCCUGAUUUUUAAGUUAAUAUAUUGCUGCCUGACAGUCUAAAGAAACAGAGCUUUGAACGAGGGUCAAGUGUGUGUAAAGAGAGCACAAAACACAGGUAACAUCACCAACUCUAUGCAAGACGCUGUGUGCAGUCAAAUGCGCUACACCUGAGCAAUACCCCCAAGCACAUGGAACAUCAUCACCCUGUGCUAAACACUAUACAUUCAUCCUCAAUUUAAUCCUCCCACACACAACAGGGGAUCUCCAUCGUGUAUACGAAGAAAC